AUGGAUCGGGGAUACUCAAUCCACGUGCCCUCGGCCACCAAAGCGUCUCUCGCGGCAAUCAAGACGGCUCUGAAGACCCAAAACUUCAAGGAUGCUUGGGCCUCAGCUCAGCGGGGCCCUGGCAACUUUCCGGGAGCUCAAAUCCCUCUGGACAGGGAACUGCCGUUCGACUUCCCAAUCCAGCUGAAGCGCCAGGCCUCCAUCACAGCAGUAGAAGUGGAAGUAGAGGUGGUGGUGAGGAUGGUUGUCGUCGCUGCAAUCAUUGUUGUAGUAAACGUGAUGGCAGUGGUGGUUGCAGCAGCUUUGUAUGAGCUGGCGCUAAUGUCAGUCCAUGACCACCAGCAAGAACUCCGCACCUGUGCGCGCGAGGAGCAUAAGCUCGACCUGAUCCUUCCCGAGCUUGACAUCCAAGCCAUGGUGACAGAAGCUGUUAGAGAGAAAGAUGAGAAGCUUCUGAAACAGGCAUUUUCCGAGUUCACGUAUGCCAUGCUCAUGAAGGGAUACAAAGGCCAUGCUGUCUGCAUGGCAGCAGUGGAUCACGAUGACAAAGUUGAGAAGCUUUUUCAAGAAGCCAUGGAGAAGAAGUCGGAUGCUGUAGGAUAUCGGCCUGCAGUCCUGGCCGCCUUCGUGCGCUUCCACUUCGAGGUGGAGAACUAUGAGCGGGUUUGUGACAUGUUUGAAAAGGAUGCCGCAUCAUUGCGGGAGAAGGCUGCAGCCGAAGGCAGAGCCAUCUUCGACUCACGCAUGGAGCGGUGCGUCAUGAAUGCCGCCCUGAAGUGCGGACGCAGCAAGCUGGUGCGAUUCCCUGAUCCUCCCUGCCCUGCAUCCUCGGAACACAGCCGGAGGCGCUUGGCUUCCAUGGCUCAAUAUGAUGUUGUAAUCUUUGGAGCGACCGGAUUUACUGGUUCUCUCAUCCUGACGUACUUGCAGUCGAAAGGAGGGUACAAGCUUGCCAUAUGCGGUCGCAGCCAGAGCAAGCUGGACAAAGCGAUCGAAGGUUUCCAGUCUAAGCCGGAUGUUUUUGUACUGGAUGUGGUGAGCGCAACGCUGGAUGAGCUCAAAGAAGUCGUCAAGAAAGCAAAAUGCGUUUGUACUGCUGUAGGGCCUUUUGUGGAAUAUGGGGAACCGCUUGUACAAGCUUGUGCGGAGCUUGGCGUUGACUAUGUGGAUACCAGCGGGGAGAGCACCUUCAUGCGAAAGAUGAUUGAAAAGUAUGAUGCGACUGCCAAGCAGUCGGGAGCACGAAUCGUGAUUCACUGUGGCCAGGAUUGCGUCCCUUGGGAUUUGGCUGUGUGGAAGCUGUGGAAGCUUCUGGGUUCAGAGCUAGCUGGCGUGAAGAUUUUCAGUGAGAUGCGAACAUGCCCGAGCGGAGGGACCAUGAGCACCGCUAUGCUGAACAUGCAGCAGAAGCCCAGCAAAGGCUCGCUCGGCUUUGAUCCGCUGUACCUUUUGGAUGGUCAGAAGUCAGAGUGCCUGACACAAGUCGAUCUUCCGAAAGGCAGCUUGGUGGUUUUUCAAGUCACGGAACCGCAUGCCCUCUUUUGUUGUAGUAGCCAGUACUACGAGGAGAUGGGACAAAAAGGUGGUCCGUGGAUCAUGGGGCCGGUCAUGGCCAACUCGGUGCGCAGAACGAACGCUGUCCUCAAAAUGGUUCCUGAUUUGAAGUAUCAUGAGGCGAUACUGGAAAGCAGCCAGCUUGGCAUGUCGAACAUGACCUACAUGGCUCUUGGUGUUAGCGUCUACUUGCCCUUCACGCAGCCUCUGUGGUACAAGCUGGGCGUCAUCCCAGAGCCUGGGGUGGGGCCGAGUGCUGAGGAGAUGUCGCAGGGAUUCCUGACCCUUACAGUCUUCGCAGACACCCAGAGCAAAAGCCCCAAGUGCAAGGCAGUCAUGAAGUUCUACACAGAUCCCGGCUACAAGGACACCGCCCGGAUGUGCGCAGAGGCCGCGCUGGCCUUGACGGACCUUCCCAAGUCCCAAAGAGCAGGUGGCGUUUUCUCACCCGCUGCCGGUUGCGGAGAUGGCCUUUUUCAGCGGCUCCUUGCGACGGGCACCACCUGGGAGGUCACAGAUCUCUAA